AUGCGUGCUUUAUCUGUGUCACUAACGGCUGCCUUGCAGGCGUUGGCGAUUACUCUGCCGCAGCCACAACCUCUUUCAAUACCAUUAACAAAGAGAUCUUCUCUCAGGACCGAUGACGGAUAUGUUGACCCUGCUUCAAUCAGGGCUCAUAUCUCCAGCACAGAGACUAAGUUACUGCGGGGCGCUGCUGCAUUCGAAAGAAACACUGGCGUAGCCCUCUUCUCCCCAUCGCCAGCCAAGCGUGCGGAAGUGUUAGGGUCUGACCCGCUAGUUGACGACUCAAACGAGCGUUGGUACGGAAAAAUUGAAGUCGGCACUCCGCCGUAUACAUUUACCAUUGACUGUGACACUGGUUCGACGGACUUCUUUCUACCUGGACCAAGCUGCGGGGAAGCGUGCAGCGGACAUGAAAUUUACAAUCCCAACAGUAGUUCGUCCGCUGAACCCCUUGGCAGGACAUUCACAGUGGAGUACAGUGAUGGUUCUAUGGCUACAGGCGAUCUAUACACGGACACCGUGUUACUUGCUGGCUUCAAGGCCAGUGCACAAACGCUUGGAGUUGCCUCGUUAUAUUCAUACGAGCUCUCGUCUGAGAACUUUGGUGCGGACGGGCUCAUGGGAAUGGCUUUCGAGUCCGUUUCUGAGUAUGGCGCAAACUCCGUUUUCCAGACGCUGGUUUCACAAGGAGCUGUUCCAGAACCAGUGUUUGCUUUCAAACUUGCAUCCUCUGGUUCUGAGCUUUACAUUGGUGGCGUGAACUCUGCGCUAUAUUACGCUCCGUUCACGUAUCUUCCAAUAACCCAACAGGGAUACUGGCAGGUCGCUGGUGAUGCCAUCGGGAUCGAUGGGAAAGAAAUCGUCAAUGGAUUCUCCGCAAUUGUUGACACUGGGACUACGUUGAUUUUGGGCGAUACGUCCUACGUCAGCCAGCUCUACGCAGUUAUCAAUGCGACAGAAGUAGGUGGAGGUGUAUACUCGCUACCGUGUGACGCAAUGCCAAAUGUGACCAUCACCCUUGGCGGGAAGUCAUUUGCACUUUCCGCGGAGACCUUCAAUUUUGGCAAGUAUGGUUCAUCAGGAAACACCUGCCUUGGUGGUAUCGCAGGCAGUGACGGUCUUGGAGAUCUAUGGAUUCUUGGUGACGUCUUCUUGAGAAACGUGUACACCGCCUUUAAUGUCGGAAACUUCAGCGUUGGCUUUGCGGACCUUGCAUGA